GUCACUCAAUAAUAUUCCACCAAUCGCCACACAAGCCUCGGCGAGUUGCUAGGCAGAAUAUGGUAAUACAUGCAACGCAGCCACCUCUGCAGCUACCAUUCUGAGUACAGUCUAACUAAUCCUGGAGCUGCCAGCAGCUGCGUGAGGUUGGUGUGAUCAGGUGGUGACCGUGGUAACUGGUUCCGGGCUGCAGCCAUGGAGACCAAGCAGGAAACAUCCCCUGUGUGGAACCAGGCAGGGAACAGCGAAUCAGGGAACACCACUCAGGUGCAUUUUGAGGGCGGUACAGUAGCCCAGAUAGUGUACAGUGGAGACCAGCAGGACAGAGGACAGCAGCAGCAGGUGGUCUACACAGCAGACGGUAAUUCCUACACCUCCGUGGAGUCGGCAGAACACACCCUAGUCUACAUCCACCCGGCCGACGGCUCAGGGGGUGUGUUUUCUGACCAGCCGCAGGUGGCCUACAUUCAGCAGGAUGGAACGACUCAACAGGUGACAGUGUUGUUGCCCAGUGGUCAGAACAUGAACGCGGCCAACCUUCAUGUCCUCAGUAACGUGGCCGAGGCUCCUCAGGCCCUCCUGGAGCCGGUAACACAGGGUCAGCUGUCUGUGUCCAGUUCCCUCCCUUCCAUGGCUGGGAUGGUUGACCCUUCCUCCAGCCCCCUGGGGGCCACAUCCACAGAGGAUUCAGACGAAGAGGAUGAUGACGAAGAUGACUCGGACCUAGAUGACUGGGAGCCUAGCGCGCCACAGGCCUUUACACCACACAACCUCUGGUGUGAGGAAUGCAACAUCUCCAACACAUCAGUGUGUGUGAAGCAUGGCGCCCUCCACCCCAUCCCUAACCGUCCAGUGGUGUCCCGGGCACGGGCCAGCCUCCCCCUUGUUCUCUACAUAGACCGCUUCCUAGGGGGAGUCUUCUCCAAGAGACGCAUACCCAAGAGGACCCAGUUCGGCCCUGUGGAGGGACCCCUGGUCAGACAGGGACAACUUCACGAUCACUACAUCCACCUCAAGCUGUGCAUGCUGGAUGUAGACAAGGACAUGGAGAAGUCGGAUGACAUGUGGGUGGACCUAUCUGACGAGGACAUCUGUAAUUGGCUGAUGUUUGUUCGGCCCGCCCAGAACCACCUGGAACAGAACCUGGUAGCCUAUCAGUACGGCUCUGAAAUCUUCUACACAACCAUCAAGAACAUCCAGCCCAAACAGGAGCUGAAGGUGUGGUAUGCAGCGUCAUACGCCGAGUUUGUCAAUCAGAAGAUCCAUGAUGUCACGGACGAAGAGAGGAAAGUGUUACGCGAGCAGGAGAAGAACUGGCCCUGUUACGAGUGUAACAGACGCUUCAUGAGUUCAGAACAGCUACAGCAGCACCUCAACAUGCACGAUGACAAACUGGACUGCGUCACCAGACCGAAGGGGCGUGCUCGUGGGCGUGGCAGGAAGAGGUUUGGGACAGGAAGGAGACCGGGCCGCCCCCCUAAAUUCAUCCGGUUGGACCCUUCGAACGCCACGGCAGGGGACAAGACACCGGAGCUGCUGGGCUUCGUAGGGAAGUUGCCGUACGAGGAGAGAGUUGACGGAGCUCUGAAUGGUUUCAAGGUGGUAGAGCUGGAGACAGACGGGGAGGGGGGUGGAGGGUUGGAGACAGAGGCACAACUAGACACCCCUGGAGGAGACCUGGCCCCCGACGCAGAAACAGACCCCCCACCCACCACCACCGACCCACCCCUACGCCCCAUCAAAGAUGACCCGUCCCAGAGCAGCGCCCCUGCCCCGGCAGAACCUCACCUCAGCCUCACCCCCCAGGACAUGCGUCGGGCUAAGAGGAUACGGGUGAAGAAGCAUGUUCGUAGCUUCCACUCUGAGAAGAUCUUUCAGUGCUCAGACUGUGACAAGGCGUUCUGCAGACCUGACAAGCUACGGCUCCACAUGCUGCGGCACAGCGACCGCAAGGACUUCCUCUGCUCCACCUGUGGAAAGCAGUUUAAGCGUAAGGAUAAGCUGAGAGAGCACAUGCAGCGGAUGCACAACCCAGAGCGCGAGGCUAAGAAGGCAGACCGUAUCCAUCGCUCCAAGGCCCUGAAGCAGAAGGUUCCCACCACAGACUUGGAGAGCUUCAUGUUUAAAUGUCGCAUGUGUAUGAUGGGUUUUAGACGCCGAGGUAUGCUGGUGAACCAUCUAUCUAAGCGGCACCCUGAGAUGCGGAUAGAGGAAGUUCCUGAGCUCACUCUUCCCAUCAUCAAACCCAACAGAGACUACUUCUGUCAGUACUGUGACAAGGUGUAUAAGUCGGCCAGUAAGCGCAAGGCCCACAUCCUGAAGAACCACCCGGGGGCGGAACUACCCCCCAGCAUCAGGAAGCUCCGCCCUGCCGUACCCGGGGAGCCCGACCCCAUGCUGAGCACACACACCCAACUGACGGGAACGAUCGCCACCGCUCCCGUCUGCUGUCCGCACUGUGCCAAGCAGUACAGUAGCAAGACUAAGAUGGUGCAGCACAUCCGUAAGAAGCACCCUGAGUACGCCCAGCUAGCCAACACCAUCCAGGCUCCCCUCACAACCGCCGUCAUCUGCUCUGCCCCUGCUGUCAUCACCACCGACGGGACCACUUCUGAGGCUGUCGUGACGACAGACCUGUUGACCCAGGCGAUGACAGAGCUGUCCCAGACCCUGACCACAGACUACCGUACUGCCGCAGGGGAUUACCAGAGGAUCCAGUAUAUACCAGUCAGCCAAUCAGGAGGAGGGAUCAACCAGCCUCAACACAUACAGUUACAGGUGGUCCAAGUUCAGGCGGGCUCUCCCCACUCCCAGCAUUCCACCGUGGAUGUUUCCCAGCUCCAUGAUCCCCAUGGUUACAGCCAACACUCCAUACAGGUGCAACACAUACAGGUGUCAGAGGCAGGACAGAAUACGCAGGGUCAGCCUCUAAGCCCUUCCUCCCAGGUGACCCAGGAGUUAAGCCCCGCCCAGCUGACCCCUGUGACCCUGGCCCAGAGUCACGCCCUCCAGACGUCAUCCAAUCAGCAGGGCUCUGUGCAGCACGCCUACAUCCCCGGCAACUGGAACUACCGAGGAUACCCCUCUGAGAUCCAGAUGAUGACGUUGCCACAUACCCAGUACGUGAUCGCUGAGGCCAGCACUCCUGUCACAGGGGUCAACAGUGCUGGGGUCAAGACGACCCACUAUGUGAUUUCAGAGGGCCAGUCUGAGUUGGACCCUAAGCAGGCCAGCGGCCCCCAGAACUCGGCCCAGACCCAUCUGGAUGCCCAGACCUCCUCCCAGCAGCCCACCACACAGUACAUCAUCACCACCACCACCAACGGGACCGGGGCCAGCGAACUACACAUCACCAAACCUUGACCUCUAGCAGCAGCUGUUACCUACUUCUCACAGCCCCAAACCCUGCUGAAGUGAAUCUUCCCGUCACCAAACUCUUAUCGACUGACCUAGGGACAGCUGUUUAACCAGGGAACUCACUUUGACAUUGAGCCCUAUAUGAGGCUCAACUAUCCUACAGAUCAAAGUACUGAUCUAGGAACAACUGUACAUAGUUAAAUUACUCUUUGGAGACGUAAGGACUGGUCACAGACCUGUCUGCAUGCAGCCCCGCCCCAUAGACACACACACACACCCACCAACACACACACACACACACCCACCAACACACACACACACACCCACCAACACACACACACACACACACACACACACACAUACACACAAAGUUCACUCACAGACCUGGUUCUCAGAGGAACAGGGUUUUUAGAUCAGCACUGCUUGUUGUGUGUCUGUUUCGGUUGAACUGAACGAGCUGAGAAACUGCCAGAAGAAAGGAGCAGCUCACUCAAGACAAGGAAAUAUGGACUUUUUGGAGGAGAACAUAGUAUACACACGGUCAUACAGUUAGCUAUAUGUACUGUGUGUGUGUUUGUGUGGGUGUCUGUGUGUGUGUGUGUGUAUAUAUGUAUGUAUGUGUGUAUGUAUAAACUGAAACACACUGGAGAGCUUCGAUAGCUCUGUUUCUGAGACCUUUUCAGUGACUGACACUUCAGAUAGAAGACUUGAUCAGACCUUUUAAGCCUAUCGCAUGCUUCCCAGUCCAAACGGUUUGCGCAUAUAUUAUGACAACAUUUUGUGAAGUUUUGGUUUGUUUGUUGUUCGGCAGGGUUUGUUCAGCUGUUCAUGCACACACCCCCCUUUACCCCUCCAUAACACCCCCCUCACCCCUCCAUAACACCCCCCCCCC